UCGACUUUUUUCCGUUUUCGGAUCGGUUUUCGGAUUUUUUGUAACUAUACUUCAAAAAAUAUAUAUGUAUUCAAUAUUCCCAUCGAGCUUAUCGCAACCAGUGCAUUCGCCUCAGACCAAAGCCGCGCAACUGGCCUUUCAGCUCUUAGAUAACGCUACAAUGAAUGCACAAUUUAAUCGCCGAUUCGAACAAUUACUACGCUCUGAGAAAUACUACGACUGCGUAUUUCACAUUGGCGGUGCACAACUAAAAUGUCACAAAUUAAUAUUAUCCACAGCCAGUCCAGUUUUCGAGGCCAUGUUCUAUGGUCCAAUACGCGAGCAACAAAAAGAAAUUGAGAUUUUGGACAUUGGCGCCGAAACUUUUCAAAUGCUUCUAAAUUUUAUUUACGCCGGUGUCAUGCCGGUGUCCCUUUCGCUAGAAGAGGCUAUUGAGCUAUACUAUUGCGCUGAGAAAUAUUUAAUCACUGACCUGACGAACACUUGCUUAUUGACGAUAGCGCGCAAAUUACGUUACACAAAUAUUCUACCUGCGCUGGAGCUUUGCGUCUGCAUGGAUCUGCGUGAUCUGCUGGAGGUAUGCAUGUCUUUCUUUAACCGCUGCUGUCUCAACAAUCCACAAUUUAUGACAUCGCAUAAGAGUCACUAUGUGCAUGUAUCCAAGGAAUGCGUCAAGGCAAUAAUUGCAGCUAAUAAUUGCGCGAAGACUAGAAAGCAAGUGUUGUGGUUCGUUUACGAGUGGUGCCAGCAGGAAUGCCAUGAAUUAGGAUUGCAGCAAGAAGAUUGUGCAGUAAUCAUCAAUGAUCUGCAAUUGCCUGCCUACAGUGAUGAGGAAUGCGAAGUAUUGAAGCUAAAAACGCCACAGCGACAAACCUGUAAUUCUAUCGAACGUAGCUAUUUUAAGGCAUGCCGGCCCUUCACUGUCGACCAGGAUACACAUGAAUGGACCGUGUUUGUCAAAUGCAAUCGUUUUAUUGCAUUGCAUGGUCUCAUCAUUUACAGUCGCCUAUCACCACUGGCACAUUACGCGUUCAAGCUACCCAGCGAGUACAGUGAAAAUUUGCAUAUUGAAAUUUUAGCAUCCGCUAAUGAAAGAAGUGAUGAAGUGAGUGAUCAAGAGGGCAAUGCGGCGAUCAGCGCUGAGACCUUACUUUGGCAGCAUAAUGUUAUAAAGCAGCUGACUAGAUACAAUUGUGAUAUGAAUAUCGAGUGGGAUGAGGGGCUGUUGCUUACCCCCGAUAUUGAGUAUAAAAUUAAGCUUAUGUGGCGUACGGAUGCAUACGGUUCCGAAUAUCCGUGUAGUUUGCAAUCGGAUUUCGUGGAUGGAAUAAGUUUCAGGGAAGAACCAAUGCACUCUGGGAGCUUGGUCAAGGGGUUGCGCUUUACAAAUUUGAUGUAAUAACUUGGAUGUACAUACGAUUAUAAAUUCUAAGCGGGCAUAGAUAAAAUGUAUUU